AUGCUUUUCCCGUUGAUCGUCAUUCUAUCGGCCAGUUUAGUCGCCGCAACUAGGGCUCAUACACUGUUCAUCAAGCCUCACGCCUUGUAUGGCUCUUCUGUUGGGGUACUAGGAUGCAAAAUAAACCACAAUCGUGUAGCGUACUGGCCGAGCGACGUCGACUGUGAUGCGAUCUGUGUCAAGGUGUCGCAUGGUGUUCGAAGCCUCCAUCUGUUGAAGGUUGAUGAGUCUCAGGGAUCGUAUGACAUCAGCUACGAUGCGUGGAACUAUUUGGUGACGGGAAAGUCCGCGCUAGAAGCACCGGCUACUGGAGGUGGGGUUGAAAUGGACUACGAGUUUGUGGAGGCGGAGGAGUGCGUUCAUCUCCUCUCGCAUGGUAAGCUGCCACUGUCUGCAUCAAACAGCAUGACGUAUUUGGGUAAAUGUUUGUCUCAGCCUACUAGUUGGGUGGCACAAAACUACCAACUCUACAACAUUCCGCAGGGGAAUGAUUGUCAGUAUGGUUAUGACGAAACCUGUAUUGUAGACCUUGCUCUCGGCCUGAACCCAGUAUGUCCACAUAUUCUUGGCUUUCCCGCUGUUCUGAAGGGUCAUACUGUAGCGAACAUUCCGUAUCCCGUCGGGCAGUAG